GAAGUGGGAGCGAGGCAUUCUGACGAUGAGGUAUCACGUGUGGCCCUCGCUUUGAGCUGUACUCCGACGUGGCGGAGCGGGACGAUCACCUGUCUAUUGUGACUCUGGAGGAGGCGCCAUUUGUCAUCGUGGAGGACGUGGACCCCCCUCAGCGGGACCUGCAUGAGGAACACGGUGCCGUGUCGGAAACAGCUGAAGCUUAGCAAUCACACAGGCGACUCGGGAAUUUACAUCAAGCGCUGCUGUAAAGGUUUCUGUAUCGACAUCCUGAAAAAGAUUGCCAAGUCUGUGAAGUUCACUUACGACCUCUACCUGGUCACCAACGGCAAGCACGGCAAGAAAGGUCAACGGGACGUGGAACGGCCAUGGUGGGAGAGGUGGUGGCAAAGAAUGCCCACAUGGCAGUUGGCUCGCUCACCAUCAACGAGGAGAGGUCAGAGGUCAUCGACUUCUCCGUUCCGUUCAUUGAGACGGGGAUCAGUGUCAUGGUGUCCCGUAGCAACGGAACCGUCUCCCCUUCUGCCUUCCUGGAACCGUUCAGCGCCGACGUCUGGGUCAUGAUGUUUGUGAUGCUGCUGAUAGUGUCGGCCGUGGCCGUCUUCGUGUUUGAGUACGUCAGCCCUGUGGGUUAUAACCGCUGUCUGGCAGACGGACGAGCAAACUGGACGCCUUCAUCUACGAUGCUGCCGUCCUGAACUACAUGGCUGGCAGAGACGAGGGCUGUAAGCUGGUGACGAUCGGCAGUGGCAAAGUGUUCGCCUCCACCGGUUAUGGCAUCGCCAUCCAGAAAGACUCGGGCUGGAAGCGAGCGGUGGAUCUGGCCAUUCUGAUGCUGUUUGGAGACGGUGAGAUGGAGGAGCUGGAGGCCCUUUGGCUGACAGGCAUCUGCCACAAUGAGAAGAACGAGGUGAUGAGCAGCCAGCUGGAUGUGGACAACAUGGCGGGGGUCUUCUACAUGCUCGGGGCUGCCAUGAUUCUGUCGCUGAUUACGUUCAUCUGUGAACAUUUGUUCUACUGGCAGCUGCGCUUCUGCUUCAUGGGCGUGUGUUCAGGAAAGCCCGGAGUCACCUUCUCCAUCAGCAGAGGUAUCUACAGCUGCAUCCAUGGGGUACAAAUCGAGGAAAACAAGUCAACUGCAGACUCACCCUCUUCUACCAUUAAGAAGAACAUGAACAACACCCACUCCAACAUCCUGAGGUUGCUUCGCACAGCUAAAGACAUGACUGCGGUUCCAGGCAUCAAUGGCUCUCCACACCCAGCCUUGGAGUACAGCCACAGUGGCCGUGAGACAGGCAUCUACGACAUCCAGGAUCAGCGGCGCAGCCUGGUGGGCCACCCUGUAGAUUGUAAGUCGACACCUCCCUACUUGCCAGAGGACAACAUGUUCAGUGACUACAUCAGCGAGGUGGAGAGGACUUUUGGCAACUUGCCCCUGAAGGACAACAACCUGUACCAGGACCAUUACCGGCACCACCACCCGGCCUCGGCUCUGGGUAUGUCCGGCCCCCCACCUAACAGGCCGCGUAGCUUAGGCAGCGCUAGCUCUCUGGAAGGAGGCAUGUUUGAUGGCGACAGUUUAGGGGGAGGGGUAGCACCCAUCUUCACCACGCAGCCCCGCCCCUCCAUGACUCACAGGAAUACAAGUAAAUUUGACCUGAUUGCUGGCCACACCCCUGCGGAUUCCAGUCAGGGGGGGUUCAAGGGAAGCAAUGUUUACGGCAGGUUUUCUUUCAAAGGUGGUGCAUCCAGCACGGGGCUCAUCGGGGGGCACGACAGGUACUGUGCUGGGGGAGGGGGAGGCUCAGGGGGUGAUGAUGGGAACGUUCGUUCGGAUGUGUCUGAUAUUUCCACACACACAGUCACCUAUGGAAACCUGGAGGGCAACACCAAAAGACGUAAGCAGUACAGGGACAGCCUGAAAAAGAGGCCAGCCUCCGCCAAGUGCAGACGGGAGCAGGACGAGAUAGAGCUGAACGCCUUCAGGAAGAGACCCCACCACCACACCGUCCACCACCACUUCCCACACGGACCUCAGGCACACCGCCCGGUCUCACCGCCCAUGGAGCGGAAGAGGGGAGGAGGACUGGGUAAUUCUUCACCUUACUUAUUCAGCAAAGACAAAGACAACCCGAGGGAUUUCUACGCGGACCAGUUCCGCUCCAAGGAGGGCAAGGCCAAGUGGGAGCAAGAGGGUGGAAGUGGAGGAAGCGGUGUGGGCGGUGGUAGUGGUGAUGGUAUCUGUAAAAGCUUAGUACCAGUGGAAGACUUCCUUAAAGGUAAAGGGAUGAAAUCAGAUUCAGGUCUAGGAGGGGGAGGUAUAGCAGGGGGCGACUGGGAGUGUCGUAACUGCCACAGUGUGUGUCAUCACAGUGGAGGUGUAGGAGGAGGCAGCACAUGCCCAGCUAGCGGAGUUGGGGGGAGCAGCAGUCGCCCCAGCUCUGCUACAUGCAAACGCUGUGACUCGUGUAAGAUACAGCCCACUAACCUGUAUAACAUCAGCGAAGACAACAACAUGAUGUUCAGUGGAGGGAAGGGCAGCGUAGGGCUCAGCCAAUCACAGAGUCAGACACAGCGCAGGAAGCUAGGGCCAGGUGGGAAGGUGUUACGGAGGCAGCACUCUUAUGACACGUUUGUUGACCUGCAGAGAGAGGGAGCGAGUCGCAUGGGACGGGCUGGUGGAGGCACUGGGGGGCAGUUUCCCCAGCCCCGCAGUGUGAGCUUGAAAGACAAAGACCGCUACAUGGAAGGUCCCAGCCCCUAUGCUCACAUGUUUGAGAGGUAUUCAGGUGACAGAGAGUCUUCCAUGUUUGGAGGGAUAGGUGGGGAUAGGGUAGCAGCAGGGUCCUCCUUCAGCUUGUUCCGUGGAGGUGAGGGGGGGAUUCAUCGACGCUCAGUGGGAGAAAGAGACCUGAGGGACAGGGAUAGAUCUAUGAUGGGAGGAGGGGGCUGUGGUGGUGGUGGUGGUAGCAGAGGGGCUGGGACUUACUCCUUGUCUAAAUCUCUCUACCCAGAUAAGGUGAACCAGAACCCCUUCAUCCCAACCUUCGACGAUGACCAGUGUCUAUUACACGGUGCCAAACCGUACUACAUCAAAAAUCCACAGACGCAGCAGCAGCAGCAACUUCUCAACAACAGCCGAGGAGGAGGGGACUUCCGCGGCUCCAUGGGGGCGACUUCCUAUUUGCCCGCAUCUGCCACAGCAGGAGUGAUGUCCAAUGUGGGCACGAGAUACCCGAAAGAGCUGUGUUUGGGUGGUGUGGGAGGGCCCAUGGGGAACCACCAUGGGGCCAACAAACUGCUGCCUGUAGGCAGGGACACGUUAGGUCUGGGUCAGGGACAGAGACCCUUCAACGGUGCCAGCAAUGGACACGUUUAUGAAAAGCUUUCCAGCAUUGAAUCAGAUGUCUGAGACCCAAGGCAAAAGAAAGACCAUGCGGAGAAAAGAUGAGGUGGGGGGGUGAAGGGAAGAAGAGAAAGAGCUUAACUUUUCUGUGUGAUACAAAUGUGGAGACACGACGGUGUGUGUGUGUGUGUGUGUUGUCUUCUGUCCGCUUAAAGAAAGGAUUUUGAGCAAAGCACAGGGGGCCCCUGCCACAGAGAGCGUGGUUACGUUUGAAGUGAGACGAGUUUUUAAUAAGAUGAGAGGAUUCCGGUGCUGCUCCAACGCUUUAGAAAUCUAAAGGAAGGGAGGGUUGGGAGGAGUGGGAAAAGGUGAAAUCAAUUCUCCAGACUCGGCUCUCUUCACAUGCUCGCUGUCGUUCCCUCCUUCCUGCAGCUCCUCAACACCAAAACAAACUACAGAUACAAUCAUGAAUGAGAAAUCUACACUUCUGCCGAAGUAACAGGGUACACUAACAAUUACUGUAUUGAUGAUGUUAAUGAUAUUAUUGAAUAUUAUUCCAGUGUUUAUUGAUGAUGAUCAGUUUUGAUUGUUUUUAAACUUCAUUUCUUUUAAUAGUUCAUGUUGCAGAUUUAUGUGACGUUAUUCUUUCUUAACUCACGAUUACAGCAGACUGUUGGACCUGUUUACGGAUCUGUGUUGGGUAUUUUGGACUCUUCUUUGCUAUGAAUUCUUCAUGUUUGCUUUUAUUUUUUCUACUUUUCUUACUUUGAUUGCUGUGAAGUGUAUGUAAGAGGCAUGCCUUGCUGAGUGCACUAUAUGUAUUUAUAAAUUCGUGAAUUACUUCAGUUUUUUUAAGCAACAGAAGCGACAUCAUCAUACUGAUUUGUGGUUUUUGAGUUUUAUUUGUUACUUUCUGCUUGGCAGGGCCAAAAGGGUUUCUCAUUUUGAUCUGGAUGUGCCUUAAAGGGACUAACACUGAGACGUUUUCCUGCUUUUGUUGGUAGACAGAUCCACCUGCAACGGCACCUGCGAGUAAGUCAAACAUCAGGUAAAGGUUUGUGGUAUUUAUCUGGUACAAUGACUCAAACCUAACCAAAGAAAUUGCGACAAAAUUGGCUGUUUAGAUGUUCUACAUUGAUCUUGAUGACAGAGACAGCAAGGGUUACAGUAUAGAAGCUUUUUUAUACUCCGCAGAUGAUUCGUUUCAUUCAUCAUUUUUACCAUCCCUCAGCUCAUCACAAGAGAUAGCUCACAUGAAAAUUUAAGCUAAAUUGAUUUAAUGGUCUCAUAUUGCUUUGUUGGAUCUGUUUCAAUUGACUUUGACAGUUUUGCCAUUCAGUACAUGGACAUAAUGGACUCAUGAAGAGGAAGGCCACUGUUCCUGAGAUUAGUAGCUCCUUUUUCCCCCUUGUGGCUGCAGUUACAAGCCCUGCCCGUCAUGUUUUAUGGCUCACGUUUGAAGAAUGGGAGGAGCAAGAGGAUUUAGUGUUAUGUAAUGCAGGUGGAAAGGGCCACCUGUGGCUUUUAAACAUAUUUUCUGUUGCAUAAAACAAGUUGAAACUUAGGUUUACAGCACACUGAUGUGACAAAAGUCUCCAGUUGAAAGGAGUAGCAGACAUUUGGUUGACAAGAUUGACAACGCCAUCUUGUGAAGCGAUAACAGUUAGCCUUUAGCAUCACGACUUGAAACGGUGCAGAAGCAGUCCAUCUGGUUGUCCUUAAAGACAGCAAAUUGUCCCUACCAGCACUUCUGAAGCACCAUAGCGUGCACGUUUCAACCAAACUCCUAGUUAAAAAGCACAAUUCUUUUUUACAAAUAAAAUAUAUAUAUAUAUAUAGAAACCUAGAACAUUCCUGAAGAGAUCCUGAGUAUGCCAGCACUCCCAAUGUUGGUUGUUGUGCUCUGAUAAAAGAUAGGAAGAAAAAAAAACAAGCUGGCAUAUUAAUGGCACAAAGAGUGCAGUCCUGACCGGCACUGAAGUAGAAAAAAGGGACUUUAUUCUGCCAAUCACCCUUUGAGUUUAUGGUUGCUAUGGUGAUUCCUACUUCUGAGUGUUUAAGGGCAAACAAACGCUGAGAGUAUGGGUCUGGAGCAUCGAAAACACUGUGACUACUUAAGAGAAAAUGUUAUAAGGCUGCAGAAGAGGGAGAAUGGCUUAAAACCAAACAACUGACAGAAACAACUCUAGCUGGAUGACGUACGGUAGGAUGUACCGUAAUUUCCGGACUAAAGAGCGUACCUCAGGAUAAGCCACACCAACAAAAAAAAAAGGUUUUCUACACACACACGCCGCACUCAAAUACAAGCUGCGGCGCAGCAGCCACAUGCAGGUCUCCGGCGCACAGCGCAUGUACGGCCAUAACAUAAGAUAAUUAGACAGAAAGACGCUACAUGGAGGUUUUUUGUUGUUUUAAUUCAACAAAAGAAUUUUAAACACGGGUGAACGUGCCUGCAAGUUUAGAAAAGAGCACUGAUAGCAUUCAUAUUUCUGGAUGGUUAUAAAAUAAAAACAGCACUGACACGUUAUUACUGGUAAUUUGCAUGUU